CGGGAGCAGCCGAGCCAAUCAGCAAUGGCAUUGGGCAGCCGCCGGGCUGGGGCUGUGAGGCUUGAGGUGAAGCGAGCGCUGCGGUAGGAGGGAAGAUGGCGGAUGAAGAGAAGCUGCCGCCCGGCUGGGAGAAGCGCAUGAGCCGCAGCUCAGGCCGCGUGUACUACUUCAAUCAUAUCACCAAUGCCAGCCAGUGGGAGCGGCCCAGUGGCAGUGCCGGCAGCAACAGCAAGAAUGGGCAAGGGGAGCCUGCCAGGGUGCGUUGCUCACACCUGCUGGUGAAGCACAGCCAGUCCAGGCGGCCCUCAUCCUGGCGGCAGGAGAAGAUCACCAGGAGCAAGGAGGAGGCCCUGGAGCUGAUCAAUGGCUACAUCCAGAAGAUCAAGUCGGGAGAGGAGGACUUUGAAUCUCUGGCUUCACAGUUCAGCGACUGCAGCUCCGCCAAGGCCAGGGGAGACCUGGGUGCUUUUAGCAGAGGUCAGAUGCAGAAACCAUUUGAGGAUGCGUCGUUUGCACUUCGGACAGGGGAGAUGAGCGGACCGGUGUUCACGGACUCGGGCAUCCACAUCAUCUUGCGCACAGAGUGAGGGCCAAAGGCCUAGUUGGCCUGUGGGCUGCCAGCGACCCACGGCCCCCUUCCUGCUGCUGUCACAGUAUUUAUUGUUCCCAGUAUGGCUAGGAGGGCUCUGAGAUUGGGGCUCUAUAUACCAGCUCCCUUGCCGCCUCCAGUUGGGGCUGCCCUGACUAGACUCCUCCAGGAAGGACUAGGGGUGGGGAGGCCUCCAGGGCCCAGAGGUGACCAGCCCCCUGGGUCCCAGAGGCAGGCAGGAGGGCCUUGUUUGUUUGUUAUGCUCUGUUCCUCUGUUCAGUUGUAAAAAGCUCCACGCCUGGCGCUGCCGUGACUCAGGCCUGGGAGCAUAGUGCAGAGCCCUCUGCACCUUCCAUUAAACCUGGAACUACU